UCGGCUGGUCGGGGCUGGCCGGCUUCAUCCCGGAAGUGGCGGGAGUCGUGGAGUCAGCGCACGCCCCUAAGGCCGGGGGAGUUGGGGGUUCGGUUAGCGCCAUGGCCGACUCUGACCCCCGUUACCCGCGCUCCUCCGUCGAGGACGACUUCAACUAUGGCAGCUGCGUGGCCUCCGCCAGCUUGCACAUCCGCAUGGCCUUUCUAAGAAAAGUCUACAGCAUCCUUUCCGUGCAAGUUCUCUUAACUACAGUGACAUCUAUUUUGUUUUUAUACUUUGAGUCUGUACGGACAUUUGUGCAUGAAAGUCCUGCCUUAAUUUUGGUGUUUGCUCUUGGAUCUUUGGGUUUGAUUUUAGCAUUGACUUUAAACAGACAUAAGCAUCCCCUUAACCUGUACCUGCUUUUUGGAUUUACACUGUUGGAAGCUCUGACUGUGGCCUUUGUUGUUACUUUCUAUGAUGUCUAUGUUAUUCUGCAAGCUUUUAUACUGACUACUGCUGUAUUUCUUGGUUUGACUGUGUAUACUCUACAAUCUAAGAAGGACUUCAGCAAAUUUGGAGCAGGACUAUUUGCUGUUCUGUGGAUUUUGUGCUUGUCAGGAAUCUUGAAGUUAUUUUUUCAUAAUGAGACAAUGGAGUUGGUCUUGGCUGCUGCAGGAGCCCUUCUUUUCUGUGGAUUCAUCAUCUAUGACACACACUCCCUGAUGCAUAGGCUGUCACCUGAGGAGUAUGUAUUAGCUGCCAUCAGCCUCUAUUUGGAUAUCAUCAAUCUAUUCCUGCACCUGUUGCAGUUUUUGGAAGCAGUUAAUAAAAAGUGAUUGAAAGCAGUAUACAGAAACUGAUUUACUGAGUAAUAAAGUUUGAGAUAAUAAUUA